AUGAAUGAUCCGGUUACCGAUGACAGCAAUGAGCAGAGAAACAAGAAGCAAAAGAUUGGGUUCGUGUUGGCCUUUUGUUGUUUGAUCUCAAGAUGGGUGAUUCUUGCCUUUACGACGGUUCUACACCUGGAGCACUCUUCAGGAUAUCGCUACGGCCUUGGACUCAGGAAAAGAUCGAGUACCACGGUUCUUGAGCAAACGAGAAAAAUCCAUCAACAUGUCAUCUUCCAACACCAAGGAAAUCCCCUGCCCAUGGUCGGACCCCCUCCGCCGCUCCCUGUUUUCAGGGCGCAAGUCCGCAUCGGAAAUGGCGGCAUCACGGGAGCCUCAAGCAACCAUUCAGACCACAAGUGGUAA